GAUAGAUUUGCAUGGGAUAAAAGAGCAACUUUACUUCUUCUUUGUCCGUCUCUCUUUGCCAUCUCCGCUUCUAACAACCUAUAUAUAUAGUAAACCACGUCUUCUUCUUCUUCCAACUACCACCCACCCCUCUUCUCAUACAUCUUUAAUUACAUCUCUUCUUCUUCUUCUUCCAAACCCACCCUCGAUUUCUACUCUCAUAUAUACAUACAUAUACGCUUGGGAUAGAAGAAGAGAUCAUAUCAUGGGGUUUCUCAAGGCUAAAGGAGAGACUUACAAGGCUGUUGAUAAUGUUGAUCUUGGUCCCCAUAGUAAUGAAUUUUAUCUCCGAGCCAACGUCAAAGCCCCUCGGAUGGCCGGCUUUCUUGUUAAAGUGUUUGUAUGGUUCUUGGAAAUGCCGAUCUUUGGAUCCGUUAUGCUCUACUUUUUGAAGAGAAAUAACCUAAUUCACAAGCAUGUUACAUUUGCUGAGUUGCAGGAGUCACCCCUCUAUGUUCCUCUUCACAGCUAUGAAGGGAAAGAAGAAAAAGAAGUAAUAUGUGUAGAGUACGGAGCAUCUCCAUCAGAACAGGUUGGGCAGGCCUCGGGAUGCCUUCCAUCAAUUUUAGAACCUCCAAAGUAUAGUUUCAGUAGGUGGACCAUAUUGGAUUAUUCAACAGCUUAUAACUCCAAACUAAUUACACCUCGCAAGGUAAUGGAAAGGUUUUUAUCAGCGGUUCAUCGAUCAUCUACUUGUUCAAUGCAAAUGUCAUUUUUUAUUAAUUUUGAUGCUGACGAUAUCUUAAGACAAGCUACUAUGUCAACUAAUCGAUACGAACAAGGCGAACCAUUAUCAGUUUUAGAUGGAGUGCCAAUUGCAAUAAAAGAUGAAAUUGAUUGUAUGCCGUAUCCCACUACAGGAGGCACAAAGUGGAUGCACAAGGUAAGAGGGUGCAAGGAUGAUGCAGAGUGUGUGAAGCGUUUGAGAUCAUGUGGUGCAAUAUUGGUGGGAAAAACAAACAUGCAUGAGCUUGGUGCUGGAACUAGUGGUAUUAAUCCUCAUCAUGGAACAACUAGAAAUCCUUAUAAUGUUGCAAGGAUUGCGGGUGGUUCUUCUAGUGGUUCUGCUGCUGUUGUCGCUGCAGGUUUAUGCCCUGCUGCCCUUGGCGUCGAUGGAGGAGGAUCUGUCAGAAUGCCUGCCGCUCUUUGUGGAGUUGUAGGUUUUAAGCCAAGUUUUGGACGCGUCUCACACUCAGGUAUUCUUCCUCUGAAUUGGACAGUUGGAAUGGUAGGGGUACUGGCUGCUACUGUUGAAGAUGCACUUCUAGUUUAUGCAGCUAUCAGUUCCCCCAAAUCAUCAGAUCAAUCUGAAACUGCUCAGCCAAAACUAUGUUUCCCUCUGCUGAAGUCACCAAAGCUUAUACCUAAUAUCAAAUUGGCCAAAUAUGGGGAGUGGUUUAAUGACUGCAGUGAUGACAUAAGAAGUUGCUGUUCUCAAGCUUUAGCAAAAUUGUACAAGAGUUAUGGGUGGAAGACUAUAGAAGUUACCGUACCUGAGAUAGAAGUUAUGCGCUUGGCACAUUAUGUGACAAUUGGAUCUGAAUGCAAUACCUCAAUUGCUCGUGAACUAGAAAAGCUGAAUAAGGAAGAAUUAGGAUGGGAUGCUAGGGUUGCACUUUCUGUGUAUGGUUCCUUUAGUAGCCAGGAGUACUUGAACGCCCAGAGAAUUAGAAAUCGGCAGCUUCAGAUUCACAAAAGAAUAUUUUCCAAGGCAGAUGUCAUCGUUACACCAACAACAGGGGUUACUGCUUACACCAUACAGAAGGAUGUUCGGGAGACCGGGGAACUCGACUACAUAAAUGGAGGUACCAAACUAUCUCAAAUUUCGUCACAUCUUUGAACAUUAUAUUCUGUU